UCACCCCUGAACUCAUCAAAAAAAAAAAAACAUUUUCCUCUGAAAGUGGCUGCAGCUAGCAGCACAGAUGAUUUGAACGAUUGUACAUUUCCAUCUUCUUCUUCAGUUUGGUCCCAGUCGCCUUAAUUUCGAGCUACCUAGCUAGAUUUCUUGCGAAAAAGGCUAAGCAUCACCAAUUAAUAUGGCUUCCGAGGAAAGUCGUUCUCUGCUGGACACACCCACUUGGGCUCUGGCAACAGUUUGCUUCGUCUUCAUUUUUCUCUCCAUUUUCAUAGAGCACAUGAUCCAUCUCCUUUCCCAACUUUUCAAAAGACAUAAAAAGACUGCAUUAUUCGAGGCUGUGGAGAAGCUCAAAUCAGUGCUUAUGCUUUUAGGUUUCAUGUCUCUAAUACUGACAGUAACACAGAGAUGGAUUUCCAAAAUUUGCAUUCCCACAAAAGCUGCAUAUACUAUGCUUCCUUGCAGAAAAUCAGGAUCAACAAAAACUACCAAAGCACUUGGUUUCGAUCGCAUGUGGAGCGCCGGCACAACUGCAGCUUUUGAAGUUAUACAAAGAAGACUGGAGGAAAGUGAGGAAACAGAAGAUAGUACUACCAGUUCAACAACUUCUUAUGAGGAUCACUGCGAAUCCCAGGGGAAGACCUCAUUUAUAUCACAAGGGGGGCUAAACCAGCUCAACAACUUCAUCUUUGUUCUGGCAGUCAUGCAGAUUGUGUAUAGUGUCCUGACAAUGGCUUUAGGAAGAGCCAAGAUGAGGCGUUGGGAAGCAUGGGAAAGAGAAACCCAGACGGUGGAGAACCAAGUCGCGAAUGAUCCUAACCGAUUCAGGUUUACAAGGCAGACGACAUUUGCUCGGCGACACAUGAAUUCCUGUACAAGAACACCUAUUCAGCUGUGGAUUAAAUGCUUCUUCAGACAAUUCUUCCAUUCAGUUGAAAGAGUUGAUUAUCUCACAUUACGCCAUGGCUUCAUUUCUACUCAUUUGUCAACAAACAACGCGUUCAAUUUCCAGGCGUACAUACAACGGUCUCUGGAGGAUGAUUUCAGAGAAGUAGUUGGCAUAAGCCCCUUCAUGUGGUUUAUCGUCGUAAUUUUCAUUCUCGUGGACGUGCAUGGUUGGGAGGUGUAUCUCUGGGUGUCAUUUGUGCCACUAAUAAUUGUGCUGGUUCUUGGAACCAAACUGGAAGUGGUGGUAGCUAGAAUGGCUCACCAACUCAGCGACCAAUCUAAUGUAAUCAAGGGAACUCCUCUGGUUCAACCAAAGGACAGUCACUUCUGGUUCAGUAGACCGCGGUUCGUCUUGACUCUCGUACAUCUCACUCUGUUCACGAACGCAUUUGAAUUCGCUUUCUUCAUUUGGGUCACGGUACAGUAUGGGAUACACUCCUGCUACCAUGAACACAUAGAUAUUAUCAUUAUAAGGGUGGUCUUAGCGGUUGUCGUUCAAGUUAUGUGCAGUUACAUUACUCUUCCCCUCUAUGCUCUAGUGACCCAGAUGGGGUCAAAUUUUAAGAGUACGCAUGUGCUUGAGGAGCAAACAACAAAAGUUAUAAAACAGUGGCAUGCCGAUGUGAAGAAAAAGAGAAAACAGAAUAGGCAAGACGAUUCAGAAUCCGGCCACGAUUAUUCCUCCACUGUAGGAAGCAGUAGGAGAACCAUGAAUCCCCCCGAUUUCUCUUCCCAUCACCGACAGCCAACAUUUGCUGAUGUCGAGAAUGGUCAAGAAAUUGUUGAAGAACAUCAAGAAAAGGGGGGGCAAAAUGAAAUCGAACUAGCUAGUACGUACACUAUUCCAUCUACUGAGAUACAUAUAGAAAUUUCGGGGGUGAACAGAAGCCAAAACUGAACUUGAAGCAUUCUUGAUAGAUAGAACUAGCCGAUCAAAAUUACCCUGUUCUCCUUGUAUAUUUUUUGUUGAUGCGCCAAGAAUCUAAAUGUUGUGAAGGAAAAGCCUUAGAUAGCAAGGAACCGAUGCGAGCAUACAGAUUUAGUAUGGUAUAUAUGGAGCGUUCAUCUUCGGCCUCUCCUUCGUGGUUCUAUCCAAUCAAAGGAGAAAAAGAACGGAAAUCGUGGACUGGCGGGGAAAUUGUGCAAUUUUAUCCCCAUGCGCGCAGCUUCAUUCUUAAGUAAAAAAUUGAACACAGAACGAGUUUUGAGGUGAAUUUUGUUGCCAACAUUACCUGAUGAUAGCUGUAAAUGAACUAAACGCCCAUGUUCUGUAGCCAAGGCCCGAUUUCAAAUCACAUGGACUUGCAUCAGUUGCAUGCCAAAUUAAAGAACCUAUUACCUUGACAAUUCUUGGGUAUAGCAUGCAUGCAUAUACGAUUCAUAUUUACGUAAUCAUAUGUAACGAUUACAUUUGCCUAAUUAAGUUUAAGGAACUACUCAUU